GGUGGCAACGACUUCUGUAAUUUUUGUUUCCGAGCACAAUUUUUAUUUUGGUUUCUUCAAUUCGUAAUUAAUGGCUAAUAACGAUAGCAAUAACUUGGGAAAACUCACAGAAGAGUCUUUAAAGCGCAAAGAGCGAUUGCAGAAGCUUCGCGAACAAGCACAGUCAAAAGCUGCUGGCGCCACAGAAGUUGCUGAAAAGUUGCCAAAGCCAGUUUUUCGUAGUUAUAGGCCGCAAAAUGAAAAUACAACUGGGGAAAUUCGAGCACAGGAGCCCACAGGUAACAUCGAGUCUGCCGUUCAGUCACAGCUCAGUUUGCUAGAGCAGCCAAUGGUUAUUGAAGAGAUUGACAUUACGAAUUUGGCACCUCGUAAGCCCGACUGGGAUUUAAAGCGCGACGUCAGUAAAAAGUUGGAACGUUUGGAGCGACGCACACAAAAAGCCAUUGCAGAACUCAUACGAGAGAGGCUGAAAAUGAAUCAAUUCGAAGAUAUCAGCCAGGCUGUAAAUGUCGGCACAGCGCACGUGCACAAUGGCAAAAAUGCGGACGAUGAUUAUGAAUAGACAACUAAUUUUAUUAAAAGCUAUUAAAAAAUAAAUUAACUAACA